AUGGCGGCGUUGACAGUCCUACUGGUGACGUCAUUGUUGAUAGUAGGGUUGUGGCUUCGAUGGAGAGUCAAGAACAAGAGGUUACUGUAUUUAGCAAGCAAACUCCCUGGACCGCCCUUGGUACCGUUUUUGGGAAACGCCUGGACAUUCAUGUGCCGAUCUGAAGAUGUUGCAGGCGUAACACAGAAUAUAAUAUCUCAGUAUGGUGAAAUAUUGAGAUUCUGGCUCGGAUCCCAACUCAACGUCGUUGUAAGCAAGCCUGAUGAUGUAAAGAUUCUUCUGACGAGUGGGAAAACUAGCUUCAAAGGUCCACAAUAUAAGUACAUGGCGCAAAUAUUAGGUGGUGGUCUUUUGUCUGGAUCAGGAACAAAAUGGCGCAGACACCGAAAACUCGCAACACCAAACUAUACAAAGAACGCUGUUGAAGGCUACACAGAUAUUUUUAACAAAGAAGCUUAUAACUUAGUUAAAUACCUGAAAACGGAUUCUGUGAUGAAUAUUUAUGAGGAUAUUGUUAAAACUACAACGUAUACUGUUUGUCAAACAGUAAUGGGUUUAAGUAAAGAGGAAAGUUUGAAACUUCCGCAUUUACAAAUGAUAAUUGACGAAUCACCAAGGAUAUACGAUACAAUAUUUCAGCGGAUGACAAAAUGGUAUUUGAAUAUCUACCCAUAUUAUUGGUUUACGGAGUGUUACCGGAUUCAGAAAAAUUUCAUUAAAAUUAUGAAUGAAUUCUGCUUGGGUAUUGUAAAAUAUCGGGAAGAGAGUCUCUCUAAACAAGAGAAUAAUUCAGUUCGCUCACAUAUCUCUGUGGUGGAUUUGUUUUUGCUAUCACAAGAACUGAAUGAAGAAGAACUAAUACAAGAAAUAUUUACGUUAUUCACUGCAAGUCAAGAGGCAUCCGCUAAGAUUUGCUCAUUUUUAUGUCUUAUGAUGGCCAUGCAUCCUGAAUGUCAGGAAAGAUUAUAUGAAGAAAUACAAAUGGUUAUCGGUGAAAUGGACAGACCGAUAACAGAUGAAGAUUUAAAGCGCAUGCCUUAUUUAGAUAUGGCCUACAAGGAGGUGUUAAGGCUGUUUCCAAUUGGAGCAAUGUUGCAGAGAACUGUGAAAGAAGACAUCGCAAUAAGUUCGCACGUGAUUCCAGCUGGAUCUGCGCUUGUAAUACCGAUAUAUCACUUACAAAGAGAUCGUAAAUUCUGGAAGAAUCCCGAAGAUUUUGAUCCAGACAGAUUUAGCCCGGAGAACACUUUGUCUAGGCACCCACUUUGUUACUUGCCGUUUAGUUUAGGUCCAAUGGAUUGCUUAGGACGACACUUCGGAACCAAAUUAGUGAAAACAAUAGCCGUUCAUGUCUUUCGCAAGUUUAAACUUUCGACGAAGUUGAAUUACGAGGAAAUGCGUUUAGCAAUUCGUAUUUCAGUUGCUUCGAUGGAUGGAUAUCCAGUUACACUGAGCUUAAGAUAAAACUUUAAUAUACGACAAUAUUAAAAUUGUUUAUCUACACCCAUGCUUUAAAUUCUCUAUUAAAGAUUCUGAAUCAGUUAGUUUAUUGCCAACAUUAAAACACCCAAUGUUCUAAUAACCAUUACAUCAUCCAAACGAGUGUUGUAAUGUUGUACUGAAUUUCAUAACAACACUCCUAUUUUUUUUUCAAUCCCUUCAUGCUCAAAGAGUUUGAACAGACAGCCACAUUCUUAUUGCACGAUGCGUGGUAUCUGUAUGAAUUUCAAAAAAAGAACAUUUUCGUUUACGGGCGUUCCACACUACCAGAACGUCGCGCGUCGAAAAAAAAGUAGGUUAUUCGAAUCCCCGCCAUUUUUCUUUGAUAUUUUUAUUGUUUUGUUUACAAAAAAUGAGCGAUUCAUUUUAAACGCUGAAUAUUCUAGUGAAUUUUAAUUA